AUGGAUCCUACACCACAGCACUCACCCGCACAUGCUGGGGCUGCGCCAGAUGGAAUCGCUUCUUUAGACUCCUCGCAAACUCUUGAGGGAGAGGAAAAGAAAAAGUCUGAUGAUCAAGCCUUUUUCAUGAUGUUCAACUCAUGGGGAAUCGCAAAUACGUUUGGCGCUUACCAAACAUACUACGAGUCUGGCUUGCUCGCCCAUGAAAGUCCAUCAAACAUUUCGUGGAUAGGUUCUAUCCAGGCAUUCCUGUUGCUCUUUGUAGGUGGCCUUAUUACAGGUCCUAUCUAUGAUGCUGGGUAUCUGAGGGGAUUGGUCAUAGCCGGCUCGGUUUUAGGGGUUACCGGGAUGAUGAUGACUAGCAUUUGCAAAGAGUACUGGCAAGUCGUCUUAGCGCAGGGCGUUCUUGUGGGCUGUGGCUCCGGAUGUCUAUUGUUGCCUUCCGUAGCAGUCAUGCCGCAGUAUUUUACUAAGAGGAGGGCAUUCGCUACAGGUGUUGGUGCUGCAGGAAGCAGUCUUGGGGGAGUUAUAUACCCCAUUGUCUUUCAUCAACUCCAACCACGGAUUGGGUUCGGGUGGGCCACCCGUGUUAUUGCCUUCAUCAUGCUCGGCACGCUCAUGAUCCCCAUUCUUGUCAUGCGCGCCAGGGCUUUCCCAUCCACCCGACGCCCACUGUUCGAUAAAAAUAUCCUUCGAUCCGUUCCUUACGACCUCUUCUCCCUCGGAGAAUUCUUUGGUUUCAUGGGAAUGUAUAUCCCGUUCUAUUAUGCCACAUCAUACAGUAUUUCGCACAACAUCGCCAACGAAAAUAUUUCCUUCUACCUACUUACCUUGCUUAACGUUGGAUCCAUCUUCGGUCGUAUCGUGCCCAAUUUCUUCGCAGACUUAACGGGGCCGUUGAAUAUCACCUUCCCGUUCAUUCUCCUCUGCAGCGUCAUCGCUUUCAGCUGGACAUCCGUUCACUCCCUCGGCCAAAUGGUUGUCUUCUGCCUCUUCUACGGAUGCUUCUCCGGGACUUUCGUUUCCAUCACCGGACCCGCACUUGCUACUUUGUCUAACGACAUGAGUCUUGUCGGAACGCACAUGGGGAUGAGCUUCACGUUCGGUGCAUUAGGUCUUCUGGUCGGAAACCCUGUCGCUGGCGUGUUAUUGAAGAAGGGCUGGAUUGCUCCAGCGACUUUUUGCGGGACUGCUAACAUCCUUGCUGCUCUUUGUAUAUUGGGUGCUAGGGUUAAGAAGGCGGGAUGGAACUUGAAAGUCAAGGUUUAA